GGGAUGCCAAAGGUGCUGAAAUAGCAGCGAGGACAAGGGACUUGGCUCAUAUCUGCCGUGCUGCCUGAGAGACUCUGCGAUGACAAUUGGGAGAAUGGAGAAUGUGGAGGUCUUUACUUCUGAGGGCAAAGGCAGGGGUUUGAAGGCCCCAAAGGAGUUCUGCGCUGCGGAUGUCAUCUUUGCCGAGCGGGCUUACGCCGCAGUGGUUUUUGACAGCCUCAUUAACUUUGUGUGCCACACCUGCUUCAAGAGGCAGGAGAAGCUUCAUCGCUGUGGGCAGUGCAAGUAUGCCCAUUACUGUGACCGCACCUGUCAGAAGGGCGCUUGGCUGGACCACAAGGGCGAGUGUUCGGCCAUCAGGAAAUACGGAAAAGUGCCCAAUGAGAACAUCAGGCUGGCGGCACGCAUCAUGUGGCGGGUAGAGAGAGAGGGCACAGGGCUUACGGAGGGCUGCCUGGUCUCCGUGGAUGACUUGCAGAACCACGUGGACCACUUUGGGGAGGAGGAGCAGAGGGAGCUGAGGGUGGACGUGGACAUGUUCCUGCAGUACUGGCCGCCCCAGAGCCAGCAGUUCAGCAUGCAGUAUAUCUCUCACAUCCUUGGCGUGAUUAACUGCAAUGGCUUCACACUCAGUGAUCAGAGAGGCCUGCAGGCUGUGGGUGUGGGCAUCUUUCCCAACCUGGGAUUAGUGAACCAUGACUGUUGGCCCAACUGCACUGUCAUAUUUAACAACGGCAAUCAUGAGGCAGUGAAAUCCAUGUUUCACACCCAGAUGAGAAUUGAGCUCCGGGCCCUGGGCAAGAUCUCAGAAGGAGAGGAGCUGACGGUGUCCUAUAUCGACUUCCUCAACGUCAGUGAGGAGCGCAGGAAGCAGCUAAAGAAGCAGUACUACUUUGUCUGCACGUGUGAGCACUGCCAGAAAGGCCUGAAAGAUGACCUCUUCCUGGGGGUGAAAGACGACCCCAAGCCCUCCCAGGAUGUGGUGAAGGAGAUAGUACAAUUAUCCAAGGAUACACUGGAAAAAAUUGACAAGGCUCGCUCUGAGGGUUUGUACCAUGAGGUGGUGAGACUGUGCCGGGAGUGCCUGCAGAAGCAGGAGCCAGUGUUUGCUGACACCAACCUCUACAUGCUGCAGCUGCAGAGCAUAAUUUCGGAGGUUCUCUCCUAUCUCCAGGCCUUUGAGGAGGCCUCGUACUAUGCCAGGAGGAUGGUGGAUGGCUACAUGAAGAUCUACCACCCCAACAAUGCCCAGCUGGGCAUGGCUGUGAUGCGGGCCGGGCUGACCAACUGGCAUGCCGGCAACAUUGAGGUGGGGCAUGGGAUGAUCUGCAAAGCCUACGCCAUCCUCCUGGUGACACACGGACCCUCCCACCCAAUCACCAAAGACUUAGAGGCCAUGCGGGUGCAGACGGAGAUGGAGCUGCGCAUGUUCCGCCAGAACGAGUUCAUGUACCACAAGAUGCGUGAGGCCGCCCUGAACAACCAGCCCAUGCAGGUCCUGGCCGAGCCCAGCAGUGAGCCAGUCCUGGCUCUGUUCCAUAAGAAGCAGUGAGGAUCUGCCUGGUGGGGCAGCAGCAGCUUGGCUGGGAACAGGGGAGACCUUGUGGAGGUGGUGGGUUUCCAAAAGGCCCUUGGUAAGGAAGGCGAGGAAAUGCUCAACUUUGUUACUGUGGGAAUGUACUGUUCUUUGCUCCCCAGUAUCAUUGUGGUGCAUUUCAACUCAGUUCAAUUCAAUUUUGCUCUAUGUAGCCCAGCUCAGUCCAGCUUAGCCCUGAUCAUUCUAUGCAUAUUUGUUGGGUGCCAAGGUCGUAGGGGUAAAGAAGCUCCAAAUGCAACCGGGGAGGCAAAACUUAGACAAACAAAACACAGUGUAAUAUAUGCAAUGGUAAACUAUAUGGAGAGAGGGGUGGUGUGGAGGGCAUGUUUCUGGUGUGUGUGCGUGUGUGUGUAUGUACACACACAGUGAAGAGUGUCAAGGGGGAGAUGACAUCUGAGGUGAGGGUGGCAGGUGCCCAGAGUCUCAGGUGGCUGCUCAGAUAUCUGUGCAGGUGUCUUUGGGCUGGGUCUCACCCAUGGUCUGGAAUAUUCAGGAUUUGGCUGAGUAGGUGAUGGGUGAUGUCCAGUUUCCUCAGGUUAAUGCGCAGUUAUAAAGAAGGUUCUACUCAGAGAACUGACACCUUUUCAGAAUGACACAUAUGCAGGAAGAGGUGGGUGCUUUGCUCACACUACUUGAGGCCUCAGUUUAAAGUCUGGAUUUAAAAUAUUCUGAAAUGAUUUCUGAAACACAGAGAGGGAAUGUUUCCUUUCUGCACCCUCUCCACCAAGCCCUGUGAUUCCCUGUGAUGUGGGGGCUAGUUGGACAGUAUCUGAGAUUUUUCUGGCCACUGGCCUACUAGGACUGAAGAAGUCUU